AUUUGUAUUUUAAUUAUAAAAAUGCCAUAAUCAUAAUUUAUUAUCUAGUAGGUAUCUCCAUCUAACGAGAAAAAAGCACAAGGCAACGUAAAACAGAUUAAUUUGUGGAACUUGCCGCAAACAAAAACCUUUCCAUGUAUUAGUAGAAAUACUUAAGUUCAACUCUGUAACAUAUAUAAUAAUUGUUUUCCCACGAUGACAAAGAAAUAUUCUUUGCGUUGGAUUGAUUUCCAUACAAACUUAUAUCAGUCUCUUGAAUCUUUUCUUAAAGCGGAAGAGUUAGUGGAUGUGACGCUGACGGCGGGUGGAAAAAACUUUCGUGCUCACAAGCUUAUUUUGUCAAUCUGUAGUCCUUUUUUCAAAGAUCUGUUUAUAAAGAAUCCUUGUGAACAUCCAAUUGUAGUCCUAAAAGAAGUAGAACACGAAGAACUUUAUAAACUUCUACAAUACAUUUAUCAUGGAGAGGUUCAUGUCACGGAAGAGGAACUUAAUCCGUUUCUAGAAACGGCAGAAUUUCUUCAGAUCAAAGGGCUAGCUUCAGUCAGAGAGAAGAAUGAAACGGCGGCUGCUGAAUCCAAUGACCAACAAGCAACGAAGGAGCCGAACCAGCCCCUUGACCUCGAGUCUGAAUGUUAUUCUAAAAUAAAGGACACAACAAAAACUACCGAUUCUUCUAAAGAUUCCGUGGGCGAAUCAAUACAAAAUGCUUCUGAGACAGAUUCACUAAAGCGUUCCUUUGACAGUACUUCAAAUAACGACAUUUGUAGCGACGUGAAAAAAGCCCGCCAAGAUAGCGACGGUGAGGUACCUAAUGAAAGUGGUAAAGAGAGCAAAUCUAUUGGACCUACGGUUGGAACCGUUUGUAAUAACAGACCAGAAACUGCUAAAAAUGCCGGAUCGAAUAGAAAAACUAACACGACAACCAGUUUUAAAUGCGUACAUUGUCAUCGAUCCUUCGCCAAUAGCUACAACCUGAAGGUUCACAUUCAAGACAAGCAUGAUACAUCAGAGGGAAAUUUAGUGUGCCAUAAAUGUCACAAACACAUGAAAAAUCCAUCAUGUCUUCGUGUUCAUAUGUAUAAUCAUCACAAACCGGCAUCACAGUUUUAAUUAUAAACCAUAAAGAGAUAUGUGCAGAGAAAAUUAUGUAUAUGAUUUCGUUGUGGCUCAAUCUAAUU